AAAUUAAUAGAUGCAACCGAAAUUAAACCGGAUCCUACUAUCGUUUUCUGUGGGAAUCGUUCCAGCGGUAAAACGACUGUCAUAAACCGCCUCUUAGAGCGUGAAGAGAAGCCUAAGGCUACUUUAGCAUUAGAUUAUAAUUUUGGUAGAAAGACAAGAUCUGUUGCCCAUAUUUGGGAACUGGGCGGUGGUGUGCGUUUGGCGGAUUUGCUCAGUGUUCCGAUCACACCUAACUCAAUGAGGUAUAUUAAGUUCAAUUGUAGUUAUCUUCAAACAAAUUCAGGAAUCUUCACCUUGUUUUGGUCCUGGAUUUGUCAAAACCCGAAGAGCUCUGGACAACAAUGGAAUCCUUACUUGAAACAAACGAACACUUNCGAACACUUCCAGUUGCAAAGAAAGUAUCAACUGCUCAAUCCGUUUCCAAUUCCUUUGACCAUAAUCGGAUCGAAAUAUGAUAUAUUACUUUUCACUUCUAGCAAGGAUGAAGCUUCUAUGAGGAGAAUAAGAGGAGUUUUAAGCCAUUUGGCUUUUGGAACCCCGUUUACACGAACAGUCCAAAUGGAUAUAGGGAAACCGCUUUCAAUCCCGGAGGGGACCGAUUCGUUCUCAAAUAUAGGUGAUUGUCUUUGA